GUCAGUGCCCCAUUAGCGUCAGCACUAGUGACAUCUAGCGGUGACGUUUGCAAGUCAGUCUUCUGUGUUCAGCCUAGGGGUCACACUUGAGGAUCCCGCGCACGGAGACAAGGAUGUCCGGUCGCAUGGCGAGUAGAAAAGCGACGUCUGAGAAAUCGUCGCUUUCCCGUCCCGUCUCAGCUAGCUCCAAACAGCAGAAAAUGGACAGCGGCGGCAUGGUGUCGGACAACGAACUCAAAGAACUGAAGAUGGUGUUCCGACUAACGGACAAGAACGGCGACGGCAGCAUCACCGCCGACGAGCUGAAGCGGAUGCUGCAGGACAAACUGGACAUCGACGUCGAUGAUGCCCUCAUCGGAGACCUCAUGACGUCAGCGGGCGAGAACGCUGGCGGCCUGAUCAGUGAGGCGCAGUUCAUCACCUGGUUUCUCAAGAUGCAGACCUUGUCGGCCGACAAGACGCCAGACAUGACCAACGACCUCUUCGCAGCGUUCCGCCUCUUCGAUAAAGACGGCAACGGCUACAUCACCAUGGACGAGCUGCGGCGGGCUAUGGAGCUGAUAGAGGAGCGGAUGACGGAAUCGGAGUUGAGUUCGCUUAUUGAGAUGGCCGACGCCGACAAGGACGGCAGAAUUAAUUACGAAGGAUUGAGAAAACUUGACGACUUCAAGCUCACAUCAGCAAGCUAGAUGGUCCUUGGCUGAUCCAACCGCCACCAGUCGUGACGACGUGACUACGUGACCUCUGACCCCGACGGGUGUCUGAACCGGGCGUUGACUGAGUGGAAGGGGAGUCAUGUCGCUGUGUCGCCUGGCGCGGCCGCUGCGCUGGCUUCGGCCUGCCGUCCGCGGCCUGUCCGGC